GGUCAGAGUGCGCGGAGGAAAUCAUUGAGUUCCCCAUCCUGAAGCUCAAUGGCCGGACCAUGGAGAUUGAGUCUACCUUUCACAUGUAUGUCCAGCCUGUAGUCCAUCCACAGCUUACCCCCUUCUGUACAGAGCUCACUGGGAUUAUUCAAGCCAUGGUGGAUGGUCAGCCAAGCCUGCAGCAAGUGCUAGAGAGGGUCGAUGAGUGGAUGGCAAAGGAAGGCCUCUUAGAUCCAGACGUCAAGUCAAUUUUUGUCACCUGUGGAGAUUGGGACUUAAAAGUCAUGCUCCCAGGCCAGUGCCAGUACUUGGGUUUGCCAGUGGCGGAUUACUUCAAGCAGUGGAUUAAUCUGAAAAAGGCUUACAGCUUCGCCAUGGGCUGCUGGCCCAAGAACGGACUUCUAGACAUGAACAAGGGCCUCAGCCUGCAGCACAUAGGCCGGCCCCACAGCGGCAUCGGUCAGUCCCUCUGCAUAUCCUCCUGGCAGCUCAAUGACUGCAAGAACAUUGCCAACAUCAUGAAGACACUCGCAUAUCGAGGCUUCAUCUUCAAGCAAACAUCGAAGCCAUUCUGAUUGGCUGAGGAUGAGAUGGGGCAGGACAGGGAGCUGCUUGGCCGAGCCCAGAAUCCUCCUCUCCCUUACCAGAUGGAAAAAGGGAGAGUGGCACAGCCCUGCGCCCAGUGUCCCCCAGCUGCCCUAUGGAUUGUAUCCAGGCAAGGGCUGGGCCAGCUGGCCCCUCUGGAGCAGACACUUUGUGUCCCCCACCCUUCAAUCUCAGCCCAGUAUUAGCCCCUUCCAUGUGGGCCUGGGCUUGGGGGACCCAGGCACUCACUGCCUCCUC